AUGGAUAGCGAAAAACUACAAAAGAAGGAUACACUUUCACGAAAUGAAACAACCUUCUUAGCUAAACUCAAAAAUGACCUUGAUUUUAUGAUACGAAAUAAAAUAGGAAAGGUGGACAAUGAUAAAGAAGAGGAUUUAGGUGAGAUAUUAGGCAAAAAAAGUGUAUUCUAUGAUCCAGAUUGGAACGAAGAAGGUGUAGCUCCUCCAGGCUGUAAAAAUGUUAGAUAUAACGAAGCAACAUUCAAGAGAAGAAGAGUGGUGACUCCUAGACUUUGUGGGUUAAAUGAUAUCCAGCUUCCAUAG